CGCACUCGCAGCUCCCGUGGACCCCCGUACCUCAACCGGUGGACUUACUGGAAGCAGUAAGCGACGUCUCCCCCGUGCGUAAAAAAAAAAAGUGCAUGGCGCCGUUUACGCACCGCAGGUAACCUCAGACCACGAUGGAGUAGUCGCUCACUUCGGAACGCGCUGAGAUGGCGGCACUUCGCAGGAAAUUCGGCGAGGACUACCAGGUGGUCAGCACCCAUCGGGCUGGAGGAGGCGGAGGCGGAGGCGGAGGCGACGAAGGCGGCGGCUUCUCGGUGCCGGCGGCCAAGAAGAAGCGGCAACGCUUCGUGGAGAAGAACGGCCGCUGCAACGUGCAGCACGGCAACCUGGGCGGGGAGACCAGCCGCUACCUGUCGGACCUGUUCACCACGUUGGUGGACCUCAAGUGGCGCUGGAACCUGCUCAUCUUCAUCCUCACUUACACGGUGGCGUGGCUGGUGAUGGCGUCCAUGUGGUGGGUGAUCGCCUACAUCCGCGGCGACCUGCAGCAACACGCCCGCGACGCGUCUUACACGCCGUGCGUGGCCAACGUUUACAACUUCCCGUCCGCCUUCCUCUUCUUCAUCGAGACGGAGGCCACCAUCGGCUACGGCUAUCGCUACAUCACCGAGAAGUGUCCCGAAGGCAUCAUCCUGUUCCUCUUCCAGUCGCUGCUGGGCUCCAUCGUGGACGCCUUCCUCAUCGGCUGCAUGUUCAUCAAGAUGUCGCAGCCCAAGAAGCGCGCCGAGACGCUCAUGUUCAGCCAGGACGCCGUCGUCUCGCAGCGGGACGGCCGGCUGUGCCUCAUGUUCCGCGUGGGCAACCUGCGCAACAGCCACAUGGUGUCCGCGCAGAUCCGAUGCAAGCUCAUCAAGUCUCGCCAGACCCCAGAGGGCGAGUUCCUGCCCCUGGACCAGUGCGAGCUGGAUGUGGGCUUCGGUACAGGGGCCGACCAACUCUUCCUGGUCUCGCCGCUCACCAUCUGCCACGAGAUCAACCCCAAGAGCCCCUUCUUCGACCUGUCACAACGCUCGCUCACCAGCGAGCAGUUUGAGAUUGUGGUGAUUCUGGAGGGCAUCGUGGAGACCACUGGCAUGACGUGCCAGGCGCGCACCUCGUACACAGAGGACGAGGUUCUGUGGGGUCACCGCUUCCUGCCUGUGAUGUCCCUGGAGGAGGGCUUCUUCCGAGUGGACUACUCGCAGUUCCAUAGCACCUUCGAGGUCCCCACACCGGCGUACAGCGUCAAAGAACACGAGGAGAAGAAUUCCCUGCCGUCGCCCAUGUCCACACCCACACCGGCGCUGACCGAAAGCCAGUCGGCCUGGCGCGACCGCGUUUUCUCCGUGGACUGCAUCAAAACGGCGGCGGGGGGGCGGUUGCCCAGCAAGCUGCAGCGAAUCAGCUCAUCCGGGAAGGAGGACCUCCAGAGGAAGGUGCUGAUGCUGACCUCGCAGCACUCUGAGAAGGCGUGCAGCACCGGGGACCUGCCGCUCAAGCUCCAGCGCCUCGGAUCGUCGUCCGGGCCAGACGACUCCCUCAAGGUGGGAGUCGAACCCAUGACCCAGUCCACCGGGGAUCUGUACCAGCACAGCCUGAUGCCCACCCUGUGCCCGCCGCAGCCCCCCGCGCACAGCCCCCUGCUGUCGGCCGGCAGGAGGCCCGAGGACAACCUACCGGCCAAGCUACGCAAGAUGAACCGCUGAAGAGGUAAAGUCUGCCUUGGUGGAAGGCGGCAUCAAUGAAAAUCCUUAACUGACUAUUUAUCAAUGACUUUCCACCUGAUGAUACUUUGGGAUUUUUGCACAACAAAAAUUUGGAGCUACACAAAAUCGAACCAUCUGCAUGUACACUUGUUAGUAAAUCUUAGUUUUAUUGAAUAAAUAAUAUUCAGUCA